AUGUCAGUGCCAAAAAAGGUAACCCCGAGCUACACUCGGGCUUACCAUGGGCCAUGCGGCGCUGCAUAGGGAGUCCCUGCAGAGCUUACCUUGUCCUGCGCUCCCCCGAUGUGUCCCCUGCAGCGUUCCCGGCCAUCUCCUACGGCCGAUGCUGGCAUCCGGCUUCUGUGUUCCGGUCCCUGUGACGUCGGGACAUACGGGCGGAGGCGGCGGCGGGAAAUUUGAAAAUGUAAAAAAAUGUAAUUUUUUUCAAAACAAAUUUUUCAUAUGCUUUGUCCUGCGCCCUGCCUGCAUUUUGUCUGUUCUUUCU